AUGCUGAGGAAUGAGAAGAUAGAUGAAGAGAACGAAGCCAACCUCCUAGCCGUCCUCACGGAAACGUUGGAGAGCAUCCCGGUGGAUGAAGAUGGAUUGCCUUCCUUCGAUGCCCUGACAGACGGAGAUGUGACCAGCGAGAAUGAGGCUAGUCCUUCAUCAGUGCAGGGCAGCACCCCUCCCCCCCAGGAGGCCGAAGAGACGUCUCUCCUUAAGAAACUCCUGUUGGCUCCAGCAAAUACCCAGCUAAAUUACGAUGAAUGCAGCGGCCUCGGCACACGCAACCAUGCAAACGCCAAUCACAGGAUCCGAACAAACUCCGCGGCGGCCAAGACUGAGAAUUCAUGGAGCAAUAAAGCCAAGAGCAUCUGCCAGCCUCAAAAGCCACAGAGGCGUCCCUGCUCGGAGCUUCUCAAAUAUCUGACCACCAGCGAUGACCACGUUCAGGCCAAGCAGACAGAAAACCGGCACGGCAACAGGGACAGAUACACUUCUAAAAAGAAGGCGCUGUUGCAUUCCCAGAUGCAUCAUUUACAAGAGAACGAAUGUUAUGGGGCGCCUGCUAAGCAGACCAAAUCAAUGAAUUUAUCACUUCCGUUGACGCCUGAUUCGCCAAAUGAGCCGAAGGCUUCUCCGUUUGGGAAGAAGACCAUGGAAGAAACCUUGAACGCUGAACUCUGUGGAACGGCAGGCCUAACUCCACCUACCACCCCUCCUCACAAGGCCAGCCAAGAAAACUCUUUUAGGACUUCACCAAAGCCCAAGGCGUCAUGCCAGACUGUUAUGCCACCUUCCCCGAAACCUUCCAUCUCUCAAGGACACAAUUUGUUCUGGAAGGUUCCAGAGCAGUCGGAGCUGUACGCGCAGCUGAGCAAGACCAGUGGGCUUCCCGUGGGUCAAGAGCAGAGGAAGGCCAGGCGGCUGGGCCUGAGGCUGUUCGGCGACCACGACUACUGUCAGCUGGUCAUUUCUCAGACGGAACGAUGCCUCAGCCGUCCCUGGGAGCUGCAGGAUUCCAGCCAGGUGGACCUCACGGGCUGCCUGCCUGGACACUGGUGCCACAUUUGUUCUUCCUCCGAGCAAAACAGCCAGGAGGACGAGAGAGAAAGUCCCCAGGCCAGGAAGCAGGACUUACCGUCCAACAGUCGGAAACAGCUCCAAGACCGGGAGAUCCGCGCCGAACUCAACAAGCAUUUUGGUCCCCCUAGCCAAGCCAUUUUUGAGGAACAGACCACCAAGACGGGCGACCUGGGGGACUACGGCCACUACAGCGAGGAGCAGUUCUCGAAGCUCUCUAUGUUUAUAAAUUCGGGACUAGCGAUGGACGGCUUUUGGGAGGACAGCGAAGAGGAAAGCGAAAAGAUACCAGGCUACACCUUAUUCGAUUGGUCACCGUCUUCCUCCCCCCUGGAUUCCCCGGGCAGAGAUCCGGGGUCUCCCCCCAACUCGUUCGCUCAACGGUUCCAAAGGCUGCGCUCUCAGUCAAGGCCUUCCCCACAGUGCAGGCAUUGUCCCCAGGCUGCGUAUUCCCGUUCGAGGUCAAGGUCGCCCGGCAAACGCUCCUCCUCAAGAUACGACAGCUACGAGGAAUAUCAGCACGAGAGGCUGAAGAGGGAAGAGUACCGCAAAGAAUACGAAAAGCGAGAAUCCGAAAGAGCAAAGCAGAGAGAAAGGGAGCGGCAGAAAGCAGUUGAAGAGCGUCGUGUCAUUUAUGUCGGGAGACUUGGAUCUGGUGCUACCAGAACAGAGCUGAGGGACCGGUUUGAAGUUUUCGGCGAAAUUGAGGAUUGCACCCUGAAUCUACAGGAUGAUGGAGAUAGCUAUGGAUUCAUCACUUACCGCUAUACUUGUGAUGCAUUCGCUGCACUAGAAAAUGGAAAUACUCUACGCAGAUCUAAUGAACCCGCCUUUCAGCUAUAUUUUUGUGGACAGAAGCAUCAACCCUGCAAGGAUAACUAUGCAGAUCUCGAUUCAGACGAUUUUGAUCCUGCUUCUACUAAGAGCAAGUACGACUCCAUGGAUUUUGAUAGUUUACUCAAAGAGGCGCAACGGAGCUUCCGAAGGUAACGCUCAGCGGGGCGUAGAAGAGCGGAAAGCUGCGGGAUGCCUCGCCAAGAAUCGUGCCGUACCGUCGUAGCCCGCAACGAAGUCGCCCUGCGUCUCCUCCUCCUCUGCGUUUCUCCCUUACACAAAAACCAACGACGUCGUUUUACGUGGACACAAGUUAGAGGCAGACGAAGAGAGGGAGCCGGGAGUUUUCACGCCACGAGUGAAACCUCUUUUUAAGUUUCGGUGCUGCUUUUCCCAGGCGGAAGGAGGUGGUUGUGUUUUGAUAAGGGGCAAGCAGUUCCAGAGAGAUCAAAACUUAGAAAAUAUGUACAUAACGGCGCGUUUUUGGUUUUUUUUUCUUUCCCGAACGGAGCAAAUCGAACCGUUAGCUGCUGGCAUCUAAGAUAACACAACUGUGUGUUGGGUGCUUCAUUCUGUUUUAUUUAAAUUCCCUUAAAGCAAGUUUUCCCACACUGGGUUGUUUUGAUAGGAUGACCAUCUCAAAAGAGAACUGCGGAUACUGCAAAACCCACCGUCGGUUCUUGUGUUGUUGUCAGGGGAGAAAAGCAAAGAAACAGUGGAAGGUUGAAGAAACAUCGAGGGGAUUUUAAAUGUGUGCUGUUUUAAUUGUGACUUCCAUUUUGUGUGUGUGUGCGUGUGUGUCCAAAACAGAGUGAUCUAACAGGGAAACGUCAAGACCCUCUUUAUUAGCCAUCAGCCUGUGGGAUAGUUUUUCUUUCUUCCUUCCUUCCUUCUUUCUUUCUUCCUUUCUUUCUCUCUCUCUUU